UCCUGCUAGCAGAAUAGUAGUAGACAUUGCUGCUUUGUAUGACAAAGCCCUGAGAUUGAGUCUUAAAUAAAAAUCACAUUGAGGGAAAGUGGUUCAGAAGAAAGUAUAUUCUAGUUAGCUCAUAGUACCUAGUAAAACAUCAUGAAACUCAAGUUCCUCUUGAAAUCAUAGCUAGGUCAACAUUGCAUUUAUUGGACCAGCAUUUAUUUUCUUGAAUAAUUUUUUGUCAGCAUAUUGAUGACUGAUUUGCAUUUUCUUCUAAAGGUUCUAAAUACACACUGAUGGAAGAUAUGAAAAUGGAUUCCACUCACAAUGUAACUCCCCAUCAAACAAGACACACCAGAGGUGUUCCUGACUUUAUCUGAAUGAUGUGACAUGAAUGAACAAAAUAGCUUUUUAUAGCUGCACUCGAACAAAUGUCCAACUUGAGUUGUUAAUCUAACUUGUUAAUUAAAGGGAACUUUUUAACAAUCCUAGAAUAUGCAUUGGACCUAAUUCUGUCCAUCUUAAAGUAGAUUUACCUGACGUGAAGGGAAAUGCAGACUUGUCGCCCAUAGACCGCAUGCGAGUGUGAUGCCCAGGCGAAGCUUGCCGCUGCAGGGCCGGAUGCGCUGGAUGCUCCUGGGGCUCUUCCUGCUGCUGGUCCUCCUCCUCUUUGCUUACCUGCUGGAGUGCACUCCCCCAGCUGAUGUCAGCCUGGUCCUGCCUGGCCUGGGAGGGGAGUCCCAUGGAAAGGAGUACUACCAGGCACUGCUGCAAGAGCAGGAGGAGCGGCACCUAAGCCGCGCCGUCAGCCUCAAGCGGCAGAUUGCCCAGCUCAAGCAGGAGCUCCAGGAGAUGAGUGAGAAGCUCAAGGUCCUCCAGGACAGAAAGGAAGGUCCCGGGGUCCAGGGGCUGGUUGAGACCAAGGACCAGGAGCCUGGGGAUCUCCUUGAGUUCCUCCACUCCCAGAUCGACAAAGCCGAGGUGAACACUGGAGCACGGCUGCCCAGCGAGUACGCCCUGGUCCCCUUCGAGAGCUUCACCUCUAGUAAGGUGUAUCAGCUGGAGAUGGGGCUGACCAGGCACCCAGAGGAGAAGCCUGUGCGGAAGGACCGCAGGGAUGAGCUGGUGGAGGUCAUUGAGGCAGCCCUGGACGUCAUAAACAACCCUGACGAGGAGGAUGGCCAGGAGGAUGAUGUGCCCAUGCAGAGACAGACCUACACCGAGAGCCACUUUACUGAGGGUAAGAGCGCUAUACUGGGGUAAUGUAUAACAGUGGUUCUCAACUUGAUCCUCGGGCCCCCCCCCCAGCCACUCCACAUAUGAUUUAUUCUACUACUAGCAUGGCUGAUUUAAUUAUGGGUCUGAUGAUAAAUUGACCAAUUGAAUCAGAUGUGCUAGUGCUGCCAAAUACACUGAGUGUACAAAACAUUAGGAACACCUGCUCUUUCUAUGACAGACUGAUCAGGUGAAAGCUAGGAUCCCUUAUUGAUGUCACUUGUUAAAUCCACUUCAAUCAGUGUAGAUGAAGGGGAGGAGACAGGUUAAAGAAGGAUUUUUAAGCCUUGAGACAAUUGAGACAUGGAUUGUGUAUGUGUGCCAUUCAGAGGGUGAAUGGGCAAGACAAAAAAUGUACGGUAAGUGCCUUUGAACGGGGUAUGGUAGUAGGUGCCAGGCACACCGGUUUGAGUGUGUCAAGAACUGCAACGCUGCUGGGUUUUUCAAGCUCAACGGUUUCCCGUGUGUAUCAAGAAUGAUCCACCACCCAAAGGACAUCCAGCCAACUUGACACAACUGUGGGAAGCAUUGGUGUCAACAUGGGCCAGCUUCUCUAUGGAACGCUUUCGACACCUUGUAGCAUCCAUGCCCCAACGAAUUGAGGCUGUUCUGAGGGCAAAAGGGGGUGCAACUCAAUAUUAGGAAGGUGUUCCUAAUGUUUUGUACACUCCGUGUAUGUGGAGGGGCUGAGGUCCAGCAUGGGAACCCCUGAUGCAGAUCACUAUCUGCUUGUUUAAUGCCUGCAAAAAAGUAUGUAAUCUAGCCUGUAAAGUUUAACAAUAUUUGUUCCCUAUGUUUGACAAAACUGAUGUUUACCCUUUAUGUGGGCAGGGCUAUACAGAACAGAACGGGACAAAGGCACACUCUACGAGCUCUUCUUUGCAAAAGCGGACUCCGACAACUUCCGCCAUGUCACUCUUUUCCGUCCUUUUGGUCCUUUAAUGAAAGUCAGGAGCACGUCAGUAGAAACGUCCGGAGUCAUCAUCAAUAUCAUUGUACCAUUGGCAGGCAGAACAGAGGCAUUCUCACAGUUCCUACACAACUUCAGGUCAGUGGUGGUGAGUCAUGUGAAAAGGGCAAUAUGCAGCCUACGCCGAGUAUUUGUGAAGAUUGAGGUAACACUUUUUUUGUUUGCAGGGAAGUUUGCAUAGAACACGAUAGGCGAGUGCAUCUUACAGUGGUCUACUUUGGACAAGAGGGCUUACAAGAGGUGAAGUCUUAUUUGGAAAAAAUGUCCAGGUUUGUUUUGUCUUUUAAUAUGAAAGAAAGGAUUUCUGGGAUUUUACUGCUGUACAUUUCUCACUUGUCCAUAUGUUAUUUUCUAGUCAAGACGUCUAAAGGAAGGAAUCUACCCAAUGUUUUGAGUUGCUUGGUUGAGUGUGACUGAUUGUUACCGCUGGCUCUAUAGAAAAGGGAGUUUCGGGCUCAAACAACACCUCUAUUUAAAUGGCAUUGUUGGUUUGUAGGGAGGCAAGCUUUUCCAACUACACACUUAUCCCAGUGGAUGAGGAGUUUUCCAGGGGCAGGGGUCUGGACAUCGGUGCCCAUGCCUGGAAGAAGGGUGACGUGUUGAUGUUCUUCUGUGAUGUGGAUAUCUACUUCACACUGGACUAUCUCAACACCUGCCGUCUUCACACCCAUCCAAGUAGGUGCCUUCUACCAAAACAUUGUAGCCUACACAUUCAUGUUUCCUAACUUCAAAUUAUGAGUACUUAAUGCAGGCAGUGUGUGAUGUUUUUCUAAAUGUGUACUAUUGGCAUUUUGGAUGUAAUUUGUACCAAAAUAUACUGUAUGCAAAACCCCUCCCUUUUUGUGUUUUCUUCUUGUAGACAAGAGAGUCUUUUAUCCGGUGGUGUUCAGUUUGUAUAAUCCUGCCAUAGUCUACGGGAAUCUGGAGCUGGCUCCCCCCAUUGAAAGUCAACUUGUAAGUACCUGAAGAUAUCAGUCAAAAGUUUGGACACACCUACUCAUUCAAGGGUUUUUCUUUAUUUGUACUAUUUUCUACAUUGUGGAAUAAUAGUGAAGACAUCAAAACUAUGAAAUAACACAUAUGGAAUCAUGUACAUUUUAUAUUUGAGAUUAUUCAAAGUAGGCACCUUUUGCCUUGAUGACAGCUUUGCACACUCUUGGCAUUCUCUCAACCAGCUUCAUGAGGAAUGAUUUUCCAACAGUCUUGAAGGAGUUCCCACAUAUGCUGAGCACUUGCUGGCUGCUUUUCCUUCACUCUGCGGUCCAACUCAUCCCAAACCAUCUCAAUUGGGUUGAGGUCGGGGGAUUGUGGAGGCCAGGUCAUCUGAUGCAGCAUUCCAUCACUCUCCUUGGUCAAAUAGCCCUUACACAGCCUGGAGGUGUGUUUUGGGUCAUUGUCCUGUUGAAAAACAAAUGAACAUACCAAGAUGGGAUGGCGUAUCGCUGCAGAAUGCUGUGGUAGCCAUGCUGGCUAAGUGUGCCCCUUGAAUUCUAAAUAAAUCAGUGUCACCAGCAAAGCACACCCACACCAUCACACCUCCUCCUCCAUGCUUCAUGGUGGGAACCACACAUGCAGAGAUCAUCUGUUCACCUACUCUGCGUCUCACAAGGACACAGCGGUUGGAACCAAAAAUCUCAAAUUUGGACUCAUCAGACCAAAGGACAGAUUUCCACCGGUCUAAUGUCCGUUGCUCGUGUUUCUUGGCCCAAGCAAGUCUCUUCUUAUUAUUGCUGUCCUUUAGUAGUGGUUUCUUUGCAGCAAUUCGACCAUGAAGGCCUGAUUCACGCAGUCUCCUCUGAACAGUUGAUGUUGAGAUGUGUCUGUUACUUGAACUCUGUGAAGCAUUUAUUUGGGCUGCAAUCUGAGGUGCAGUUAACUCUAAUGAACUUAUCCUCUGCAGCAGAGGUAACUCUGGGUCUUCCUUUCCUGUGGCGGUCCUCAUGAAAGCCAGUUUCAUCAUAGUGCUUGAUGGUUUUUGCGACUGCACUUGAAGAAACGUUUAAAGUUCUUGACAUUUUCCGGAUUGACUGACCUUCAUGUCUUAAAGUUGUUGUUGUUGCCAUAAUAUGGACUUGGUCUUUUACCAAAUAGGGCUAUCUUCUGUAUACCCCCCCUCCCCCUACCUUGUCACAACACAACUGAUUGGCUCAAAUGCAUCAAGAAGGAAAGAAAUUCCACAAAUUAAUUUUUAACAAGGCACACCUGUUAAUUGAAAGCAUUCCAGGUGACUACCUCAUGAAGCUAGAAUGCCAAGUGUGCAUAGCUGUCAUCAAGGCAAAGGGUGGCUAUUUGAAGAAUCUCCAAUAUAAAAUAUUUGUUUAACACUUUUUUGGUUACUACAUGAUUCCAUAUGUGUUAUUUCUAUGUCUUCACUAUUAUUCUACAAUGUAGAAAAUAGUAAAAAUAAAGAAAAACCCUGGAAUGUGUAGGUGUGUCCAAAGUUUUGACUGGUACUGUAUAUUUAUUUAAUUGUUACUCAAUGUUGACAUUAGUCAACUCGCCAAUGACGAGUGUCCUUUCCGUAAAGAUUCACAAGAAAGAUGCUGGAUUCUGGAGAGAUUUUGGCUUUGGAAUGACGUGUCAGUACCGCUCGGACUUCCUCAGUAUAGGUAAGCAGUGUUGACUGAUAAAUAUUGUUAUGUGUGCUUGCUACAUAUUUUUACUGUGACAAUUCUAUAAACAAGAGAUCUUACUACCCCUCAAUUGUAUUUUCUAGGAGGUUUUGACCUGGAAGUGAAAGGUUGGGGUGUGGAAGAUGUCCACUUGUACAGGAAGUACCUGCGGAGCGACCUGAUCGUGACGCGUACGCCAGUAUCCGGCCUCUUCCACCUGUGGCACGAGAAGCAGUGUGCAGACGAGCUGACUCCAGAACAGUAUCGCAUGUGCAUCCAGUCCAAAGCCAUGAACGAGGCGUCCCAUUCCCACCUGGGCAUGCUGGUGUUCCGCGAGGAGAUCGAGAAUCACCUCCGCAAGCAAGCCUAUAAGACCCAGAGCAAUACUGAAAACUGAAUAAUGCCAUCUUGGGUACUCUAAAUCAGAACUCCUGGCUUAAAAAAAUAAGAAAAUAAUACAAGAACUGAAGUACAUUCAUAUGUCGUUACUAACAUGAUUAAAAUGCACUAUACAGAAGACCAGUUUACACAAAAUCCAGUUACAUUUCACAGCUCAGCUGAAGACACCUAUGAAUGUACAAAAAUGGAUGUUAGUAAAUGUGAAGCGUCAACUUAAACAUUUCAAGAGACUGAGAAUGGCACUACCUGCGUCAACAACACAAAAAGGCUGAUGGAACGACUUUGAAGCUGGGGAAACUCGCAUAACGUAUCAUUAGAAAGUCAAGGCAAUGUUCUUGCCUGUGAGGUCAGGCAAUCAAUGGACAGUGUUUUUUUAUCGCUACUAUAACCUGUUGUCUCUACAGCCAUAUUGUUUAAUUUAUGUAAUAAUGUCAAGCUUGGUUUAAAGUUGUACAGUGAUUUAAAAAAGGGACCUUUUUGUGUUAGAAUACGAUUUGUUCAAAGGAACAAUCAGUCAGAGGCAGUGUUUAUCAGCAUCGAAGAAGAUGGUUUAUCCUAUCAGCUUUUAUUUGUUUAUUUGGGAAAUGUCUCAAAAUCUACAGUUCGGACUGGAUUGAGAUUGAAGAAGCAACUGAAACAAAGCUUUGCAAGCAUGCAGCACAUUCAUAUUUUGCACAAGUGUCAAAUUAUUCAGACAUUUCUUGAUUUAUUCUCUGAGGAUGAUUCACAGUAUUAGACUUGCCUUUCAUUAAGUUGAACCUUGCAGACACUCAAUGCCAGUUAAAUCUUGAAUGGAAUAAUGUAUAAAUACUUUUUUUCUAUAAUGUUUUGCAGCCAGGGCUUAUUAGAUUUUAGUCAUUUAGCAGACACU